AUGUUUUGCAAGACUAAAUCGGAGUUGCAGGCAUCCACGAAACCACUCGUAGCCUGGCCACCACCACCCGUUCUGCCGCCACCGGUCGACCGCGAGGCUCUGGAAUCCUGGUUGCUUUCCGACAGCUUCUCUGAGUUACCACCCAUGGAGAGGACUUUCAUCUUCGAGGUGGCCAAUGGCAUCCUCAUUCACAAUCAAGAUGGCAUAUUCUCCGAGUUCUCUCACACCCCCGAGGACUACAAAAACCGUUUUAGGGUAUGCGACUUCACUUUUUAA